AUGUCCGUAAACCACGUUCAGCCCGAGCAGUACUUCCUGCCCCCGACUCCGCACGUUCCCAACAGCAGGCUUCCUGUACUUGUGUACCGCAAUGUCCUGGAGGAUACAAGUCCUCGCAACAUCGUAAACACUAUCGAGCCGAAUGGCUGGAUCAAGGGUGGGCAGUGGAAGACGUACAAGGUGCCUCACUUUCACACCCAUUGCCACGAAUGCUAUGGAAUCAUCCGAGGGGGAUCAACCUAUCUCCUUGGGGUCGGCCCCAACGACCCGAAGGUCGACGAGGAGGGUAGUCCAUAUGGGAUGAAGUUGACUGUCCAAAAAGGGGAUGUUUUUGUUCUACCGAAUAUAGAUAUUGACGAUGGCAAGGGCAUCCUCGAGGCGACUGGUCACCGUUUCGAUAUGAACUAUGGGUUCAAGCCUCCAGAAGAGACCAGCGCGUUGGCGAAACAGAGUGAAUCCGUUGCAAUCCCUCUCCUAGACCCCCUCUAUGGUUUGGAUGGGCCGCUGCCGCGGUUAUGGAGGGAGGCAGCCCGUUCUCGGGCUCGUCUCUGA